AUGGAUUAUUACGCCGUCCCUGUGCCCGAGGGCAAAGGCCCGCUGGAAACCCGACAGUUCAUCAACGGAAAGUAUGUGGACGCAACAUCUAACGCCCGGAUGAGCUGCUACCGGCCCUCCGAUCACUCAGUGGUGACCGACGAUAUCCACGUGGCGGAACAGGCCGAUAUCGAUGCUGCGGUCGCCGCAGCCCGCGCUGCGUUCAAGCCAUGGGCGGCGACACCGCCUCAGGCACGAGCUAAGCUUUUGCUACGGAUUGCAGACCUGAUCGACGAGCACGCCGACGAAUUCGGGCGGCUCGAGGCCUUGUGCACGGGCAAGCCCAUGACGCAGACUAGGAAGUUCGAAGUGCCGAUGGCCUCGGGGAUUUUCCGCUACUAUGCCGGCUGGUGUGAUAAGCUCGAGGGCGAAUCGUGGCCUGCCGACAACGGGUUUAUGAAGCUCGUGCGGCGGGAGCCGAUCGGGGUGUGUGCGGCGGUCAAUGCCUUCAACGGGCCGCUGGUGAUGAUCGCGAUGAAGGGAGCGCCUUGCCUGGCUGCGGGUAACACGAUGGUUUUGAAGGCGAGCGAGAAGACACCCCUGUCGACCAUCUAUUUCGGGAAGAUUCUCCUGGAGGCAGGCAUCCCGGCCGGCGUGAUGAACCUAGUCAAUGGGCCCGGCUCGACGGGUGCGCUGCUCGCGUCGCACCUCGACAUCGACAAGAUCUCCUUCACCGGUAGCGUGGCGACGGGCAAGCGUAUCGCGGAGGCGGCGGCGAGGACCAACCUCAAGCGUGUCACGCUCGAACUCGGCGGGAAGAGCCCAAGCAUCGUCUUCCCUGAUGCUAACCUCCCAAAUGCGGUGCAGUGGUGCAUGCAGGGUAUCCUCGGCAACUCGGGCCAGGCAUGUAUUGCCAGCUCGCGAGUCUACGUGCACAAAGAUAUUAAAGAGACAUUCCUGGCGCAACUCAAGGGGCUUUUUGAGCAGAUGGCAGCAGCCUUUGGCACGGAUGCCCAUCACGAAGGGACGCUCUUCCCUCCGUUGGUCGACAAGCUACAGUUCGAGAAGGUCUUGUCCUAUGUCGAGUCCGGAAAGUCCGAAGCGACCCUCGUGACAGGCGGCAAGGCUUUGUACGCGCAGGGAUCUUGGAUGACACCGACCAUCUUUCUCGACCCUACGCCCACGGCAAAAGUCUACAAAGAGGAGAUCUUUGGCCCCGUGGUUGUGGUGAGCGAGUUUGAAACCGAGGAGGACGUCAUCGCCCGCGCGAACGACAGCCAAUUCGGCCUCUCCGGCGCCGUGUUUACCCAGGAUCUGAACCGGGCCAUGCGCAUCGUCUCCCAGAUCGACAGCGGCACCGUUUGCGUCAAUUGCUGCACCAUGGUCGACCAGACCGUGCCGUUUGGGGGUGUAAAACAAAGCGGCUGGGGCCGAGAAAUGGGCAGGGUCCUUGAGCUCCUAGUGGGGUGGUUAUACUCACUCUGCUUCCCCUUGGAUCCCCUACAUGUGCUGACACAGGAUUUGUUACAGGCUGGCAUUAAUGCGUACACGGAAACCAAGACUGUUUUUAUCAAGUAA